AUGAGUCUUACUGGUCCUUCCCUGGGUUCUGGCGGUAAAACUGUUAGAAGAGCAAUAGAAUUUGGAAGGACUUACGUGGUUAGGCCCAAAGGUAAACACCUAGCCACUGUUGUCUGGCUACAUGGCCUUGGUGAUAAUGGCUCAAGCUGGUCACAGCUCUUGGAGAAGCUUCCUCUUCCAAAUAUUAAAUGGAUAUGCCCAACUGCUCCGACUCAACCAAUAACUGUAUUUGGGGGUUUCCCAUCAACAGCUUGGUUUGAUGUGGGAGACCUUUCAGAAGAUGCUCCUGAUGAUAUAGAGGGUCUGGAUGCUGCAGCAUUACAUGUGGCAAAUUUGAUGUCAACAGAGCCCUUUGACAUUAAACUUGGAAUUGGAGGCUUCAGCAUGGGUGCUGCAACUGCUCUGUAUUCUGCUACCUGCUUUGCUGCUGGAAAGUUCUCAAACGGCAACACAUAUCCAGCCAAUUUAAGUGCAAUUGUUGGAUUAAGUGGUUGGCUUCCAUGUUCAAAGACCCUAAGUAAAAAAAUAGGAGAGGGUGAAGCUGCAAGGCGUGCUGCUUCCUUGCCUAUUUUGCUCUGUCAUGGAAAAGGUCUGCCCAUCUGCUUGCUUUAG